AAAUCAGUGAGACUUGCUGAAGGAGAGAGAGAGACAGGGCUGAGGUUUCCUGCAGAACUACAUUGAAUUCCCUCUGAAUGUUGUAAGACAGGUUCUGACGACAGUCAGCAGCCCCCCACCUCCACCUCCACCACCACUGCUGCUGGACUUGGGACUCGGACACUGUAGGCUGAGCUGUCACAGGAGGAAAUUAAAACUUUAGCCCUGGAAAUGUCAGGCCUGGUCUGUGUUCGUCAGCCUUUCUGACAUUUUGAAAUAAUGGAGUCGUACUGGAGUGAGGUGUGUGAACUGGGCUCGUUGGAGAGCUUUAAGGAAAGCUGGCCGCAUUACGGGUUCGGUGUUGAGCAGAGAGAGCUGAUACAGCGAGAAUUCACCCGGAUAAAAGAUAUUACAUACCUGGACCAUGCGGGUACAACGCUGUUUCCUGAAUCCCAGGUCAAGAGAUUUUAUGAGGACAUAUCCAGGAAUGUGUAUGGCAACCCUCACAGUCAUAAUCCCAGCAGCAGGCUGACGCAUGACACUGUGGAAAGUGUCCGAUACAGGAUACUGGAGCACUUUAACACCAGCCCUGAGGAGUACUCUGUAAUCUUCACUGCUAGCUGCACUGCUGCACUUAAACUGCUGGCUGAUUCCUUCCCUUGGGUUUCUGCCUCUGGUGACCAUUUAGGAAGUCUGUUCUGCUUCCUUACUGACAACCACACCUCUGUGUUGGGUAUUCGUGGGGUGACUGGCCCUAAAGGAGUCAAAACAGUGCCAGUCUCACCUCAGGAAGUAGAAGCCAAGGCCAAAGAUUUUCCUGUAGCUGUCCAUUCAGGGCAUGAAUGCUCAGUGCCCCAUCUUUUCUGUUACCCUGCCCAGAGCAACUUCUCUGGGCGGAAGUAUCCACUGAGCUAUGUAAAAGGGGUCCAGUCUCAGCAGCUCUACCCAGCAUGUGAGCACAGGGGCCGAUGGUUUGUUCUGCUGGAUGCUGCCUGUUUCGUUGGCUGCUCGCCACUGGACCUGAAGCAGCACCCUGCUGACUUUGUGCCCAUCUCUUUCUAUAAAAUGUUUGGCUUCCCAACCGGACUCGGGGCCUUGCUGGUCAGAAAUGAAGCAGCUGAGCUGCUAAAAAAGGGCUAUUUUGGGGGAGGGACAGCAGCGGCUUAUUUGGCGGGAGAGGACUAUUUUGUACCAAGGUCCAACGUAGCUAACAGAUUUGAAGAUGGCACCAUAUCAUUCCUUGAUAUUAUUUCCCUCCAUCAUGGCUUUGAUGUUCUUUACAAACUCACCGGAAACAUGGUGAAUAUUCAGCUGCAUACAUUUGGUUUAGCUCGUUACACCUACAUGAUGCUUUCGUGCCUUCAGCAUAACAAUGGACAGCCUGUGGCCCGGAUCUACUGUGAUAAUGAGUUUGAGGAUGCAUCUGAGCAGGGAGCUGUCCUCAACUUCAAUCUGUUGGACUGUCUUGGACGGGUGGUAGGCUAUUCACAGGUGGACAAAAUGGCCUGUCUGUUCAAUAUUCAUAUGCGCACAGGAUGCUUUUGUAACACUGGGGCCUGUCAAGCCUAUUUAAGCAUCAGCAACCAAGAAGUGAAGAGGAACCUGCAGGCUGGUCAUGUCUGCGGGGACAACAUUGACCUGGUUGACGGGCGUCCCACUGGGUCCGUCCGCAUAUCCUUUGGGUACAUGUCAACGUUUGAGGACUGUCAGAGUUUUUUAAAGUUCAUCAUCAACUGCUUUGUGGAGAAGCCACUAAGACUGGACAAAGAAAGACUGGCAAGGUUAAGAUCAGUUGUACCAGCAGAAGCUUCAGCUUCAGAAGAGCUGACCACAGUUCCCAAUGGGAGAACUGUCUCUGAAGCAAAAGACUUGAAUAUCUCUCCUGCUCCAGUCAGCGACGCCUUACCAAUUCGUGGAGUUUUAAAGACACAGAAGAACAGAGAGAAGGCCCGCACACUGACAAAUAUCUUUAUAUAUCCUGUUAAAUCCUGUGCUGCAUUUGAGGUGACAGAGUGGCCACUGGGGCCACAGGGGCUGUUGUUUGACCGCACGUGGAUGGUAGUAAAUGAGAAUGGCGUGUGUCUGAGCCAGAAGAGAGAGACAAAACUGUGUCUCAUCCACCCGCACAUCUGUCUUGCCUCCAGCACUCUGCACCUGCAAGCCUCAGGUAUGGAUCCCAUCGCUCUUCCGCUGGAGGCCAUAGACGAAAAUCCCAAUCUAAGAAAAUGUCAAAGCAAAGUCUGUGGUGACAGGGUACAGGCAUUCGACUGUGGGGAGAAAGUGUCAGUUUGGCUCUCUACUUUUCUGGGAAAACCUUGUCGCCUCAUCAGACAAAGCUCUGAUUUCCCCCGGGAUAUGAAAAUGGGCCAGGACAAAGGGGUCUGCCCGGCUACCCUCUCUCUGGCGAAUGAGGCUCAGUUCUUGCUGAUUAACAGAGCUAGUGUUGCACUUCUGCUAGACCACAUUGCCAAUGAAAAUGACUGCGCAGAUAAUCACACUUCAUUCGACAUGAUACAACUCAUUCAUCGGUUCCGAGCCAACCUCGUUAUCUCAGGCCUGGAGGCUUUUGAAGAGGAGGACUGGUCUGAUGUGAAAAUAGGAGGUGCUUUAUUUCAGGUGGCAGGAAACUGUGGUCGUUGCCAGAUGAUUGGAAUAAAUCAGGCCUCAGGCACUAGGACACAGGAGCCUCUCAAAUCUCUGUCUGAAUGCCGGAGUGGGAAGGUCACCUUCGGAGUGUACUUGCUUCACCAACCUCAGAGAAACUCUAAUGCAUAUCCCACAUUAUCCGUCGGGUCCACUGUGAUUGCAGAUGCCAAAAACACAAGCAAAUGAAUAUUUAAACUUCCAUAAACUAGCCACUGUAAACUUGAAUAUGUCCAUAAAGCUUGUUUAUUAAAGCUUUAUUUUGUUUUUAAAGGAAUAUUGGCCACGUAAAUCUGACCAUGUUUUCCACUGCCAGAUGAGGAACCAAUGUGCAAUCAAGAUGUUUAAUUCUUCACAAGGCUAUGGAAGUUACAUUUUUAACCAUUACUGUGAAAUGUGCGUAUAACUGGUGCAUAUUACAUUCCCAUAACUUUAUUAACUUCUUAAAAUAGAAACUGUUUUCAUUGUUUUCCAGUUUUUUUCUAUUUUACUUCCUAAUUAUGUGAUAUGAGGCCAGAUUUACUAUGCAAUUCAUAUUUGAAUCUACAGACAGUUUUAUAACAUUAAUGCAGUUGUCAAAUCAGGAUAUUUAUAUGUGUUGCAAUAUACAGUGGGACAUUUUAAUGGGUGUAUAUUUGAUUUGAGACAAAGAUAUCGGGAAUACAUACAGUAUGUAGUGUUGUAUGGAAACAUUUUGGCACUCAUAGUCAAAUAACACGUAUAAUUGAUAAAAAAAAGUGAAAGUAAAAGUAAAGUGAACACCA